GUUAUCAUUUAGUAUAUGGCUUGUGCGCUGCGAGUGUGCACGCACUGGUGUCGCGAUUUGUGUAACCGAAAAUUGUAUUAAGUUAAUGUACUAUAAUGAAAAUACAUUUUCGUGAACAAUAUGGCACCAAAGGCGAGGAAAUACUUUAUGUGACGCCGGCAGAUCAAAGCAAUAUUGUGCGUGUGCCUCUACGUGGCGACAGGCUGGUCAUACAGGAGAAGUUCCUGCUGUUCCGUGUGCUGCAGAAUAUCUUUCUGCCCAAAGGCUAUCCGGACUCGGUAUCCGAUGAUUAUGCGGCGUACCAAAUAUGGGACACAGUGCAGGCAUUCUGCAGCACCAUUUGUGGCACACUCUGCACACAUGCCAUACUCAAGGGAAUUGGGGUGGGCAGCGAGAAUGUGAAUGCCUAUUCGGCGACAGUUACAUGGAUAUUGAAGGAGGGCAGCGGGCAUUUGGGACGCAUCGUAUUCGCCUGGUGGCAAGGCAGUCAGCUGGACGUUGAUUCUAAGAAGUGGCGACUACGCGCCGAUUUUCUCAACGAUCUGGCGAUGGGCAUUGAAAUCUAUGUACUUCCCAAGUAUCCACAUCUAAGCACGCAAAUUCUUUGCGGCUCCACCAUGCUGAAAGCGAUAGUGGGCGUGGCUGGCGGUGCCACACGCGCAGCGUUAACCCAACAUCAUGCUGUGCGCGGCAAUUUGGCGGAUGUCGCUUCCAAGGAUAGCUCACAGGAGACGUGCGUCAAUUUGAUCGCUUCCUUUGUGGGCCUCUAUCUGCUCACCAUGAUCAAGAGCCAGGCUAUGCUAUAUACCGUGUUUUACAUUGUCGUCACGCUGCAUCUCUAUGCGAAUCUAAAGGCUGUGCGUGCUGUUUGCCUGCGCACGUUCAACGAGUCGCGAUACUUAAUAGCCCUGGAGGAGUUCUUUAGGUCGUCGCACAUGCUGACACCGCAGCAGGUCAACAAAUUGGAACGGGUCACGGUCGGUCAGAUGGUAUCAGUAUCGCUCAACAUACGGCUCGGCUUGAGCGUAAAGCAUCUCAUUGAUGAGUAUAAAAGCAGCAAUGUCAUUGAGAAUAUUGUCUCCUCGUUCGAUCCACAUGAACGCUUCAUUAUAGCGGAGAGCAAGAAAUAUCUAGGUGUCUAUUUGCAUUUUGAUACACGUCCCCAGGAUGUGCUGAAGGCAUACUUUUUCGCUGUCUCCUAUCUGCAGGAUAGAAAUCAAAUUAAGGAACAGUAUUGGGACAUACAAGGCAAAUGGCAAGAGUUUCUAAAUUUAGCGCAAAAAGAGGGAUGGCUAAUCAAUCAGCACUUGCUGCUGGUUGAUGAGUAUCGUUUGGACUGGAAGGCUUAGGGAACCGACCUAUGCCCACCAAUUGGACCAAAGAUGAUGCAGCGCUAAGAUGCUUGCUAUUAACGAUAUUAUUUGAGUUUUUUUUAGCCUAGUACGUUCUAACAACAUACACACAUACAUUCUCACAUAUCUCACAUAACCGUAAGGCAAACGUUGAUAUUAGCAAAUUAUUGCGAUAAUACAUAUUUACACAUUAUAGAUUUAGUCACAUGACACUCAUGCGCAUCUAUCUGAAAAUAUUUUGAAAAACAUUCGAAUAUAAUAAUGUAACAUCUUCCAACUAUGUAACUCUGCCUUAGCACAAAGUAACGUUUGAACCGAUAUUUAAUAAGAUAUUCAAGAAGCCCAACCCGGACUAUCUUUAAAGCAUUUUCAAUUCAAAGGAUGUGCUGAUUUAGGACUCAAAAAUUAAAAAAAAAAAAAUAAUAAUCUAUUUUGUAAUAACUUACCACUUGUAUAUUUCGAGGAGGUACUUUUUACCAAAAGAAAAACUGCGCAACGAACGAGCCGCUUCAAUUGUAACCCAUAAAAUUGUACAAAGUUUUUAAUCUUAAUUUAAUUGGAAUGCACUGUAGAGUGCCAUUUUAUAUAAAACGUGUAAUAUUAUUUAUAAGCUUUGAAUAUAAUUUUAAUAAUUAUUUUCGCAAACAGCAAGUCCAUUAGCUUAGCACUUAAUACUAGCUUGAUAAAUGCUUUUUAUAUUAUGCGAAAUAGUAAAAAA